AUGAGUUCUCCUCCCGCCGUGACUCCGCAGAAGCGUCGCGCCUCGCACGACUUUGGUGGACAGGUCGUUAUCAUCGUUGUCGGCCCUGCAAGAGACGAGUUCAGCGUGCACGCAAAUCGACUCAAUAAGACUGGUUUUUUCGGCCGCCACGGUAUGCCUGGCCAAGCCAUCGAGGUCGAGGUUUCGAACCACGAUGAUAGUCCUGCUCUCGCGACCGAGCAAGCCGGCGUCAAGCAGGAGCAGGCUGGAGACAACAACCAGGGUGAAAGCCAGGCUGCUGACCAGUCCCCAACUCUUGUUGGAACGCCUGCUAACCCCUCCACGAUUAUUCGUGCCGACUAUGUCAUCGCACCACGAGACAGCCAUUCCGCCAAGGCUUUCCGUAUCUUCGUUGAGAGUCUGUACAGCGAGGAACCUGGUGAGAUCGAGCAUCGCCUUGGUCUCAACAUUGCACUGAAGGCAUACCAGUUCGCUUGGGAGUAUGAUGCCUAUUCUCUACAGAACCUGUUGGUGGAGCGCUUUCGCACGCACUACCGGACCCACAAAGUCAGAAUCGACGAGCUUCUUUGGCUGAUCAAGAAAUUCGGCGACGAUGCCAACGCUACACCCCUCACACGGUAUGUUCUGGACCAGAUCGCCCACGACCUCGCCAGCCGCGGCUACGAUUCCUUCAUCAAGGAUAAUCAGUUCCUUGAACAGUACCUUGAGGAGGCUUCACGCAAGACUCGACUGUCACUGUUCGCCAUCAUCACUCGAUAUGCGCAUGAUCGUCGUCACCCUGAUCCGGCCGAGGGUAAGAAUUUGUGGCGAGUGGUUGAAUCCGGUGUCGCUGCGGGUGAGUGGGUUCCGGAACCAUUCAGCAACUGA